GUCACCCGAGCGACCAAUCGGCGUCCUCCCCCUCCCUCUCUUUUUCCGCGAGCGAGAUGGCGGCCAGCGCGGUGCGGAGGGGCCUUUUGGGUCCGGCGCGGAGGCUCGCCGGGUCGCGGCGUUUCAGCAGCGGGGGAGGCUACCCGGGCACCCCGCUAACGGCCCCUCUGCCGGGGCUGCCCAAGCCCGCCUUCGCCGGCCUGGACGGGCCGGAGGGCUUCGAGACGGAGGUCAGCGCCUUGGAGGGCGGGCUGCGCGUGGCCUCCCAGAAGAGGUUCGGACAGUUCUGCACCCUGGGCGUCCUGAUCAACUCCGGGUCGAGAUACGAAGCCAAGUACCCCAGCGGGAUCUCCCACUUUCUGGAGAAGUUGGCCUUUUCGUCUACAGCUCAGUUUAGCAGCAAGGAUGAUAUUCUUCUCACGCUGGAGAAGCACGGAGGCAUUUGUGAUUGCCAGGUGUCAAGGGAUACCACAAUGUAUGCCGUUUCUGCAGAUAGGAAGGGCCUUGACGCCAUGGUCAGUCUCUUAGCUGAUGUGGUUCUCCAGCCCAGACUGUCAGAUGAGGAGAUCGAGAUGACUCGUAUGGCAGUCCGCUUUGAGCUGCAGGACCUGAACAUGAGACCCGAUCCAGAGCCGUUGCUGACCGAGAUGAUCCAUGCCGCAGCCUACAGGGAGAACACCGUGGGACUGAACAGGUUCUGCCCUGCAGACAACAUCGAGAAGAUUGACAGGGCGGUUCUCCACUCGUACCUGAGGAAUUACUACACCCCUAACAGGAUGGUGUUGGCUGGCGUGGGGGUUGAACACCAGCAGCUGGUGGACUGUGCUCGCAAGUACUUCCUGGGAGCCGUCCCCGCCUGGGGAAGUGGGGAAGCCAAGGAUGUGGACAGGUCCGUUGCCCAGUACACAGGAGGAAUCCUGAAGCUGGAGAAGGACAUGUCGGACGUGAGUUUAGGGCCCACCCCCAUCCCAGAGUUGGCCCACAUCAUGAUUGGACUGGAAAGCUGCUCGUUCCUGGAGGAGGACUUCAUCCCCUUCGCCGUCUUGAACAUGAUGAUGGGCGGCGGCGGCUCCUUCUCUGCUGGAGGCCCCGGCAAAGGCAUGUUCACGCGGCUGUACCUCAACGUCCUCAACCGGCACCACUGGAUGUACAACGCCACCUCCUACCACCACAGCUACGAGGACACUGGCCUCCUGUGCAUUCACGCCAGCGCGGAUCCCAGACAGGUCCGGGAAAUGGUGGAGAUCAUUACCCGGGAAUUUGUGUUAAUGGCUGGAACCUUGGGAGAGGUUGAGCUGGAACGGGCCAAGACCCAGUUACGGUCCAUGCUGAUGAUGAACCUGGAGUCUCGGCCGGUCAUUUUUGAGGAUGUCGGGAGGCAGGUCUUGGCCACGGGAGGCCGGAAGCUGCCACAGGAGCUCUGCGUCCUGAUCGGUAAGUGGCAGAGGCAGGAGAGGACUGAAAAGGGCCUGAAGCCUCAGCUCAAUAAGUACCCCGUUAUCUUCCUCUUCCCUUGUGGGAUUCUUUGCCAGCCUCCUUGUCCUGAUGGCUGA